GAUUGAGCACUUAAGGCGAACUAACCCUACGGACCUAGAUGGCUCCAGUCCUCCGCAGCGCACUGAGUCGUCUUGGUUCCGUGGGAACAGCGGGGUAUUGCGUCCCCCGGAUGACUGUGCCGCUCGCCCUCCGACAAUAAUGCUGUUGGUGACACUGGGCAUUGUUCUCGCUCUUGUGGAUUCCGCUAAUGCCUAUGACCGUGCACACAUCAGAGUUGUUGGCGGCAACAGCGUUUGCUCUGGCACGGUCGAGGUUUUCUUCGGCCGCCACUGGAGCGCCAUUUGUGACCCAGAAUGGAGUCUGAAGGAUGCUCAGGUGGCAUGUAGAGAGCUGGGCUGUGGGCUGGCAAUCGUCUCCUCACACAUCACCCCAUCUGGGUUGGGCCCCAGAAGCGUCCUGCUCAAGACUGAGUCGUGCUCAGGUCACGAACCAACUCUGGUGCAAUGUUCUCAAUUCAAGACUUGGCAACCCAUUCAAGAAAACACUUGCGCUGAACACAACAUUGCCGGAGUGCAGUGCUCAGGAAAACUAGAGAAGCCCAUGCUUUUCCUGUUGUCACCAUACACUGCCUACGAACCCGGAGAGGCAGUCAGAUUCAGCUGCGUUGCCCCAUCCAGCUUCUACACCAUAGUUGACUUCCAUCUGUUUAAGAGUGGUGUCGGAACACCACUAGUGACCCAGGGGACUGGCUCUUCACAGAACAAAGCAGAGCUGACGCUGACUGAUAUGGAUUUGUCACACCAAGGCAGCUACACCUGCCUGUACACGGUACAGAUUGGACUAGCCUUCAGUUCUCCUGAAAGCAACCCCAUCUCUAUUAGUGUAGUGGACCUGCACACUCCACAAAUCUGGUACAACACUUCCAUGGAGUCCCCACCUGGAAGGGUAAUCCAGGGCCAGAACCUCAACAUCACGUGCUACACUCAGUCCUGGUAUCCAGGGGGCUCGUUUCAGCUGAGGUUGAUCCGUUUCAACGGCACAGUGCGUCAUUCUGUACCAGCACUCCGUUCCUCCUUCACCUUCUCCUUCCCCAAUGCUCAGGCUGUACUGGAGGGCUACUACCUCUGCCUCUACAGGGUGCAGAUGGGCGGCCGCACGUUCACCUCUCGGGAAAGCCAGCCCCUGCCCAUCUCAAUUAGAGACCCAGAACCACUGCUAAGCCCUAUGGUGGUCAGUUGGCUAGUGUCAGCGAUGACAUUUGUUGUGGCCAUAUGUAUGAUUCUUAUCAUUGUGUGGUUCCGUUGUAAGAAGAAUGAUAAACCAACUGAGUUGGAAAGAGACAGCAGGACAUGUGUUGACAAUACUUAUGUAGCAUUACCAAUUAAAUAAAGGGAGGAUGAAACACUAAGAAACAAAAUAAGGAAAGAUGGCUGAAUACAGUGGAGGCUAUACUUCCAUCGUUUGUCGCCCCUAUUAAACAGUGAACAGCAGACAUCAUAUUGAAGAUAAGAACCAGAUUCCUAAAGAGACUCCGAAGAUCAGUAUUUUUCAAGCAUUCGAUCCUAUCCAGAUAACUCAUUGCAAAAAUGGUCUCAGUGGCCACAGGAUGACUGUAAACUUGUUUCUCCAGCGGCAGUAAUGGCUGAUAAAGGUGUAUUUGUAAUGUGCGUAUCAGCCUGCUGGGAGCCUCGGACCCUGGUCCUGUUGAGAAGCCCUUGACAGGUUUGGUUCUAUGGGCAUGAGUCUGCAGCCCCUGUUAUAAAAGCCAUUCAUCGCGGUUUCUACAUACGGGCAAGAAGAGGGUGAAAAUAGUCUGCCUUACAAAAUGUGCUGGUCUGCCAAUUUGUGUUUAUUUUUUGAUGCUUUUAUAAGUUUUUACUGAAGUAAGGUACUUAAAAUAUCUUAUAGGUCUUUGUCCUCGGUUACACUGUCUCUACCAGUAUGUUCAGUAUUAGGUUUGCAAUCAUAAAAUCAGACUAGUCCUUUUGAGGGAUAACUGGAAAUGCAGUUUUUAAGUAAUGUCAUUUUUCUAUGUUAUUUUUAUUUAAUUACGGCUGGCUUACUGCCGACUGAAAUUAGCUUUCACACCUAACAUGCAUCUCUCCUUACCUGUAAAUUAAAUUAAUUUAGCAUGUGCAAUUAGGCUUAUUAAAGAAAUAGGAAUAUGGUUGUGUUCAUGCAUUUUGAUUUCUCCAGUAAAUGCUUAAUUGUUUUGUUACAUUAAAGAAGUGUUGUGCAUUAUUACGUGCAUGUAUUAAUUGUUGAAGUGUGUAUGAAAAUGAAAACUCAGCCGCGUACCCAGCCUUAGUAGAUUGUCGGUAUUAAUCUCUGCUAAUUAAUUAACGGGUGGAUGAAGAGAAAUCGAGUUGAACUGGACGGUCAGCGAGGACCGCCCUGGUGUUCAUGGUAAAGCAGGGAGGUAAAAGAGUGAAGCGGCUUUUCCUCGGGGACGCGCAGCGCAGCGGAGCGCGCGCACAACCCCGUGAGUCACCGCAGGGGAGAAAAAUACCUCACGUCUCGUGACCGCUACGAGUCACACAGGAAAAAACAAACUGCGGAGUUCUGUUGGAAUAUACAGUAAAUCCUCCUUUUGUCCCCUGUACUGUACGCAGAGUCCGGCCCGCGGAAGCCCAUGGCAUGAUGAUUUUUUUAUUCUCAACACGUGUAGGACCAAACACUU